AAAUCUCUAUCACGGCUGCAUCCAUCUCGCCCCCUCUCAGGCCAACCCCAACCCUCAGGCAUAUCAAGACCGGAAGAAUAACACUACAGACAUAAUGGCGGAAUCGACGAAUAUCAUCUUUGACGACAGGUUCACCGUAGACACGGUAGACAAAGACGGCAAGAAAUUCGACCGCGUCUCCCGUAUAACCGCCACCUCCCACAACCACUCCAUGGCGCUCACCCUCGACCUCGCUGUCGAGCUCUACCCCUUGCUCGCUGGCGAGACUUUUACGCUCUCCCUUGCUAGGAGCUUGGAACCGGAAGAAGAUGAGGAAGCUGAGGGAGGAGAAGAAGGGGGGGAGGUGAAGAAGAUCAAGAGAGAGCUGUGGAGGAGGGAGAGUCAGGGGUUGGGGGAUGAUUAUGACUAUGUCAUGUAUGGCAAGAUCUACAAGUUUGACGAUUCAGCUCAAGGCGAUGCUCAAACUACGGCGUACUUUUCCUUUGGUGGUCUGUUGAUGGCUCUGCGGGGUUCUUACCGCCAUCUCGCAAGCGUCGUUGUAGGAGAGAACGUAUACCUGCUUCUCCGAAAGUAGUCUGCUCCGUUUCUUGACCUUGACAUGUAAAAUCACUAGACAACAUAUA